CACUGUACUUCAACAGCUAUAAAACUUGAACCUAAAUUUUUAAAUGACUAAAACCAUUUUUGAAAAAAAACCAAAAACAAAGAUAAGAUGUUCUGAAUGUAUGAUUCAUGUAAAAUCAGCCAAAUGGAUCAGAUAUAUUUUAGAGUUUUCUCUGAUUUCUUCCCUCUUAUCCCCCCAGGUUUGGACAUUAUGGCAGGAAGGCAUCAGAAUCGUAGUUUUCCUAUUCCAGGAGUUCAUUCAGGUGGCCAAGUACAUGCAUUUGGAAACUGUAUAGAGAGCGAUGUGUUGGAGGAGGAUGCUGAAGUGUAUGAGCUUCGAUCCAGAGGAAAAGAGAAAAUCCGAAGAAGUACAUCAAGAGAUAGACUUGAUGACAUUAUAGUAUUAACAAAAGAUAUACAGGAAGGAGAUACUUUAAAUGCAAUAGCCCUUCAGUACUGUUGUACGGUAGCAGAUAUCAAGAGGGUUAACAAUCUCAUCAGCGAUCAAGACUUUUUUGCCCUUAGGUCUGUCAAAAUUCCUGUAAAAAAGUUCAGUUCAUUGACUGAAACACUUUAUUCUCCAAAAGGAAGACAGGCUUCACGUCCUUCAUCUGUUCAGUACGUUCCAGAGCAACAGGAAAUUUUGUCACUUAAUGAUUCUCUUUCUUCCAGUGAGUCAGCUGGCAGCUUUUUAAAAGAAGUAGACCGAGACAUAGAACAAUUAGUAAAAUGUACAGACACCAAAAGAGAGAACCUUAAUGAGGUGGUGUCUGCCUUGACAGCACAACAAAUACGUUUUGAACCUGAUAACAAAAACAUUCAACAUAAGGAUCCUUACUAUGGAGCAGACUGGGGAAUAGGGUGGUGGACAGCUGUGGUGAUAAUGCUGAUAGUGGGUAUAAUAACGCCAGUAUUUUAUUUGCUGUAUUAUGAAAUUUUAGCUAAAGUGGAUGUUAGUCACCAUUCAACAGUGGAUUCUUCACAUUUGCAUUCAGGAGUCACACCCCCAUCACAGCAGAGACAAAUGGACAAUGGAAUUGCUCCAACUAAAAGAAUACCAUUUGGCCAGCAAGAUGAUCAUAAACUAUAUAGUCACAAUUCUCAGUCUCCUGCUGCUCAACACAAAACAUAGCAAUUAGCUCAUAAGUACAGUGUUUGUGAUCACAUGCUCAUCUGGAAUAUGAUGAAUCAAUAACCACUUCAAAGGCAGAAUUUAGGGAGAUUGGAGAUGCUUUAGUUUUUCACUUUUUUUAAGCCAUUUACAAAUGUAUCAAAUCCCUGCAGUUGUUGUGGAUAUUGAGAACAACAGUAAAUCUGUAUAUCUGUUGUAUCAAUGCUUAAAGCAAAAAUGAAUUUAAAUAUUUGUCUAGGAAGUUCUUGGAAAACAUUUUUCUUAUUCAAGACCAGUUAUGUUUAAAUUUUAUUUAAUUAUUUUUUGGUUUAAGGUUAUUAAUGUUUAUUAAGCAGAAUAAUGAUAGCACCAGAUAUCUGCAACUGAAUUUACUGUGAACCAUCAAAAUGUUUAGUUGCAAAAAAGUUUGAUUCUAAAAUUAUUUAUGAGAGCACAUACUUAAAACUCCAUUUUAAAACUUUCUGAAAACUAGUUUAGCACAUAUGCUAUGAAGGCAUAAGUAGAUGCAGAAGUUGGAAAGUGAUGUAUAAUGUCUAUAAUAGAGGCUAAGAUAGAGAUUAAAUAUUAUUUUAAGCCCCAAAAUAAUGUGUUAUAGUUGGGAAGUUGCCAGUUGGUCUAUAGAACACUGGAUUAGGUCAAAGAACCUAAAGAUCAUUGUCUCUUAAAAACUGCUGCCUCUUCUUCUGAUUUUGAAGUCAUAUUUGCACUUUUGUAAUUCUUUGAUGAAAAGUGUUAUACAUGUACAUGUUAGCAUCAUUUGGAAAAUAAUGUCCUACAUACUGUGAUAAGAUGUUGCUGUGUUACAUGUGGUAACAUGCCUUAAUUACAUUUAAUGCCUUAAAAAAUAUGUGAGCUAAUAUAAUUUUUAGAAUUAAAAGUAGGCAUUAUUUCAGAUGGUCCAAUGCGAUUCAGAACAUAGGCUAUAUAAAUUUGUCUCCACUUUCACUAUCAAGCACAAAUUAAUGGGGUCAAAACAAGUUUUCAUUGUGGCAGAAAAUGGUUCAUUAAGCAAAAGCAGGAGUAAAGACACCUUUGGCAUUAGCAGUAACAGACACAUAGCUUUACUUAUUGAUCCCUUCAACUCUUUUUCAAAGAGAAAAUAUCCAACUUCAAUUUUUUUUCCCUUUAACUGGAGAAUAAAGUUGGGGAGGAGAGGCCAAAGGCAUAAGGUCAAAAGUGCUUGAGAGUGCCACUUUUUAAGAUCUGUGGAUCUGCAAGGUAAGAAUUUGCAAAUUGAUUCUAUAAUUUAAUUUUGAAAGCAUGUGUUUUUAAAAAUGUAACCAAAAUGAUUCUUUAGAAAAAAGAUUUGGUGGAGUCGGGACUGCCUGUUUGUGUAUAAUUAAACUCUUAUAAUACCACCUCAUUUUCUGGGCAUUAUUUCCUAAUUUUAAUGUUUCAUCUUUUGACUACUUUGUAUUGCAAACUCCAAUCUAAAUACAAAGUGGUGUAAAUAAAUAUAUGUGGUAAACAGGUUUUAUGUACCUUCUGUAGCAAAGUAUAAAAAGGACAAAGAAGUCAAAUGUUAAAGCUUUUGUGUGUAUGAGAACCUUGGAUCAUUACCGAAAAGUGUUAAUGUGGAAAUUGUAGCAAGUUGAUUCUUUGAGUAACUCAGUUUAAAAUUUAAAAAUUGUUUUAAUGUUCUGUGGGCAUCUUGAAAAGAGGAGUAUGAUCUUUCUAAUUUAUGCUCAAUGUUAACUUGAUCAGUUUACAUUGUAUUUAUUAAGCCUGCUGAAAAAUCAAGUUUUAGGGAAUAUAGAUUAUUUUAAGGUAGAAUGUGCUAGGUGUCCUUUUUUGAACUUUGUUUACAUCAAAUUGAUGAAAUUACAGAAAGUCAGCAAUUCCUUUUUGUCAGUGGUACUUUGAAAUUGUGAUAGAGAGGUCUAAUUCCCAGGAUAAAUUAUUUUUAAAGUAGUGAGGUGCACUGUGUAUUUGUUAGUGUCAUACUCCUUGAAGGAAAUAUAACAUCCUAUGACACAGGCAGUUUACUUUUUCUGUAUAUCUGAACUAUAUAUAUUAAUUGAAUAUAAUUUGAAUUAUAUAAUUCUGUUAUAUAUAGAAUAGAUUCUAAUCGUCGUGCCAUUUUUAGAAGAUAAAUUCCUAAGCGUUUAAUAGCUACAGAAUAAUUUUAGCUUUUAAAAAGGACUAAUAUACCCCAAAAUUUGUAGCAAACUCAGAUUACUUUGUAAAACUUAAUAAAAUAAGAAAAAUUGUGAAUUUUAAUUGUGUUGAAACCCUUAUUUGAAUUUUGAGGCUUCAUAUUAGAAGCGAUAUAUAUGUGCAAGUAUAAAGGUAACAACUGUGUAAAUCAUGCAUUUGGUUCACUUAAAAAAAAUGGAGUUACAAGUGAAGAAAAAUUUCUUGGGAGCAAUUUUUUUAAGUCUGGGUACAAAUGGUUAAGGUUGUUUUGAAGUAAUAAAUGCCAUUUGAGAAAAAAAUGACUGUAGAGUCUGCUGGCCGCAUUAAGAAUUAGCAGACUGUAGUGUUAAGUUAACUUAACCAGAGAACUUUUUUUUUAAGCUUGUCUUUUUCUGGACUCUACUUGCUGUACAGUGGCCUGAAGAGUUCUUUCAGUGAACCAUAAUGGUUCAUUACUUAGUUCUUUUUAAAGGUAUCUAUUUCUCCAGUUGUCUACUUGGGAAUAUGAAGGAUGCAGUUAAAAGUUUUAUAACUAGAAGCAAGGAUCUAGUCAAAGUGCUAUAGGGUAAAGGUGGAGUUUCUAGAAGUAUUUAAAUGGCACUUUGUGAUGGGAAUCAUUCUUAUUUGGAAUUACAACAGUUGCUCAGGAAGUCAGUAUUUUUCUUCUAAGUAUGUGCAUAUUGCACUGUUAGAUCAUAGAAAUACCUGAAUGCAAUAUUUAAUUAUAUAUGCAAAUAGUAUAAAUCUUUUGUAUAAUGUCUUACACAAAUGCAAAAUGGAAUUGUAGAACAUUGUUAGCAUGUACAUUUGUAAAACUGGUUUUUAAAACU